GGGAAACGUCAGCCCCUUGCCUGGAUUGAGUCUCAAAAAGGGUGACAUGGUUUUUGUCCUUCACCUGGGAAAAAUAUUCCUAGCGCAAGUGAUCAUAAUUUAUCGAAAUAAUGGUCGAAACCUACCACACCAAUGCCGGUCGCUUCUCCAACUUCGUUCCAGGUAGAAAUGGCGCACCUAUCACCGCAUUUGCACAUCUGAAGCCCGAAUACAUGCUCCUAUCGCUCAAUCAGUGUGGUGAGAUCCAGUGGAGAUUCAAUGCAAUGCCGUCAAUGCUCCAUUCACUACAAAUUGACAUGGUGGUCAUUCCGGAGGCCAUGCGCGUCGUGUAUGAAAAGCUCAAAAUGAAUAGUGGGAGAAUUGAGAUUGCGAUCAAGAAGUUGCACGAUGUCAUACAGAAGGGUGACUCCGCUUAGCUUGGUAGAGCACAAUUUUCGUUGAUAGAAUGCCUGUUUCCUGUAUAUACAUAAUU